AUUUUUUUCAUUCCAAAUUUCGCUAAUUGUUUUUUCAUUAAAUUUGAGUUUUCCUCUUCUCUGGAGCAGACGACAAAUUUAAAUAACGUUAAAUUAGUUAUAAGAUAACAAAAUUCAAUAUGAAUGUUUUAAAUUCUAUGCAGAAGUUAGUUGAAUUUUACAAGAAGUUCGUCACCUUGAAUGUGGAACUCGUGGGGACCAUUGAGAACGCCGCCCGCGUCUUCACCUACAUUGUUCCGGUAGAGUCCCCAGCUCUGUCAGAAUUGUUAAGUUCUGCUAUCAGCCUAACAAUCGUUCUAAAUGAUUGCAUACUUAGGAAGAAAGCUAAAUUGCAAAGCCAUGUGCCCCCAAACAUUAGCAAGAUAUCAUUUUGUUUGAACUUGCUGGAGGAGAUGGAAGUGUUCUUCGAGGUGACUGCUUACCAGCAUGGUGGUGAUCUUAAAAAGUGGGUCGUUGUCGUCAUCAUUCAAGCUGUUAAGAUGUUGUUGAGAUUGAUGUUGUUGUUAUACUUUCAGUGUGGUAUGACAUCAAACGCUGAAACUCCAACACUAAAGAGAAACCAGCAUUUGCAGUCAUUACUAUGUACAUUGAAGAUGAAAAAAGAUCGCCAUAGCAACAACAACAACAACAACAACAACAACAACAUGUCUACUCAGUCAUCUGCAUAUCCAAGUACAGAAUCUCUCUGCGAUGAUUGGAUAUCGUCGUCCGGUCAUUUCACCACGCAACCUUUCAAACCGACCCAAUUAUCUGCAAGGCGAUUGGUUGGCGAGUGCAUGCACAUAACUAGGCCUAUUAUUCAUUUAUCAAGCCUGUAUCUUUGUGGCUUGAAAUCAUGGAAACCAUGGCUGAUAUCAUUUGCUGUGGAUAUAUCUAGUUUGUUGCUGGUCGGCACCGCAAGGGAUUUGAACUGCGUCGAACAAGUCGAGAUGAAGAGGAGGACUAUGAUGAUGGUUCUCUACCUGCUCAGGUCUCCUUUCUAUGAUAGCUACUCGAGGAUGAAAAUUUUCUUUGCCCUUGCUUUCCUAAUGAGAAAGAUUCCUAUUCUACAUAUUGUUCUCAAGCCGUUGUUGGACUUCAUACCGUUGUGGCAGAAAGUUUAUGCAUACGUGUGGAGCAUAUGAAAAUAAUGAUGAUGAUGUUGCUGCUGAUGAUGAUGUUGUUGAUGAUGAUGAUGUGAAUGAUAAUGUUGAUGAUGAUGAUGUUGUUGUCGGUGAUGGUGGUGGUGAUGAUGAUGAGGUUGGUGAUGGUGAUGUUAUUGUUGUCGAUGAUGAUGAUGUGAAUGUUGGUGAUGGUUUUUGUUGAUAUUUUUGAUACGGGGUGACAAUUUUUUUAAGAAUAUUUAUUUUUCAAAUUUCUUCAAUUUAUUUGAAUCAAUCAUUUGUUUGUUCUUUCUUUCAAUCGUUUAUUCAUCCAAUCAUUCAUCCAUUUAUUCAUUUAUCAGUUUACUCUUUCAUUAAAUCAGUCAGUCAAUCAUUCAUUUUUUUUCACCAUCCAACCAUCCGUUCGCACUUCCGUUCUAUUACUGGACGACAUUUGACGUGUUGACAUGUUACACGUUGUUGUUUUUGU